UUGCUCAACGGCACCGAAAAGGGCUUCGACAUGGACACAACCGAGGAUAGCACUGAAGCACCGACCCUGUAUCCGGACAAUCUGGCGUAUGGUGUAAAGAGUCCAACAAGCGAGUUGGCCCGUCUUGAGCAGCGUCAGAGUCACAAUGUACAGCUGAUGAAGGCCUCGCUGUACGCCGAUAUUGAAGACAUGGAAGAGGAGGGGUCCGUGUCGACGGGCGACCAGCUGGUGCCGGAGGGUUCCAGUGUCGCAGUCGAGUCGGUCACACGACACGACGCGGUGUCGUACGACACUCGCGACACUGUCGCAACCAAGCACGACACUGAAGAGGCCGUGAUGAAACCUCUCGUUGUUCGCCCUCACCGCAUCGUGCUCGAAUAUCACAGAAAGAUGCCGCCCUUUAAGGAGACUAUAGCAGGUCGCCUGGGCGGCGCUUGCUUGGCCGACAUGAACGUGUGCCGCGCGAGGCACAGUCGUCUGGGCUUCGGGCCCGCCAACACCAUGGUCUACGUCACCAGCUACGACUCACUGGCCCACCUGCCGCGUUCGGCAGAGCUGAGCGAGCUGGGCCGGUACGUGCGUGGGCGCGGGGCCGACGACUGGAGCGAGCCCGUGGUGGCGCGCCUGGCCAUCGGCCACUCCACCUCCGAGAAGGAUACGUUGGCGCUGCAGCUGGAGAGCUUGCUGCAGUUCUCGCAGCUGGUGCAGGAGGAACCGUGUCCACGCCUGCAGCUGUCACAGGAGCCCAAGCAGAGGCGAGCGCUGCUGCAGCAGCUGCUACAGCAUGCACAGUCGGACGUGACCGACACCUACAGUCUGCAAGUGUGGAAGCUUUGCGAUGCUUUAUGGGGUGCGGACCUGGACAACGAUGGUAUUCCCGGACAGGACUUGCAAUCAAUCGUGCAUAGACACCGGCGGCUUCUGGGCUGGCUGCAGGACGCCGUGGCCGACGUCACCCAGCACGACCUCAAGAUGCCCGCUACCGCUGACUCUAUUGAUGAGUCCGAUGGCCACAGCUGCAGAGUGUGGACGCUGUUGCUGGGGGGCCGCGUGUUGGAAGCCUGCAAAGUGGCCCGGGAGAAUGGAGAUCUGCACAUGGCCACACUGUUGGCCCAGGCAGCCAGUGAUCCCGCAUUCCGGUCGCUGGUGGCGAAGCAGCUGCACCUGUGGCAGGAGUGCGGGGCGCACGAGCUGGUGGCGAAGCCCCGAUUAGCUGCGCUACAGCUUAUUGCAGGGCUUCGCCCCCGCGCAGAGUUGGAACAACUGGACUGGCUCAGAGCGCUCCACGCGACCGCCAGGUACCUGUGCCCGCAAGUGCCCAGCCUGGAACAGAUCGUCCGUACGUACGAGAGCUAUUUCCGGACAGAUUUGACCAACCCGGACGGUAAAGGUCGCGAUGGUGAGGACGGUGAACUAGACCUCACCACCGUGCCUGAAGACGAUAUGGGGAUGCGACUACCCUUGCCACCUUACUUUGAGCAGUAUGAGUACAACGUCACAGGGGAGAGCAAGCGCCGACGUGUUCUAGACCUGCGCUACGAGCUGCUGCGCGCCCGAGCUCUGAACUGCAGGGCGCGCCUGCAGCCUGCAGCUCACACUGCGGACCCCCUCGACUACAGUCUCACUUUCGUGGUGGGCGCGUGGCUGGGCCAGCCCACCGCAGAGAGCAUCACCGGAGCGGCCGCCCAGCUGGAGGCGCGCGGCCACUGGCACAGGGCUGUGCAAGCGCUCGCUUACCUGCAGGACCCCGGCAUGCGCGGGCACUUGAUCCGUGGCGUGUUGUCCCGCAACGCUCCGUGCCACGAGGAGGGAGCGGCCCGGGAGCAGCUGCAGCUGGUGCGCGGGCUGAAGCUGCCCGCCGCCUGGCUGCUGCUGGCGCAGGCGCACCGCGCCAAGUACCAGCAUCAACCAAUGUUGGAGGCGGAGUAUUUGGUCGGCGCCGAGCAGUGGAACGCUGCACACAAAGUGCUGGUAGACGAACUGCUGGCCGAUGCGGUUUUAGCUGACAACGUGCAGAGCCUAAGACCGCUUCUAGAGAAAAUGAACGAAGCGGCAGAAAGACACGAGAUCAGCGGAUGGGAGUCUGGCGGGAAGGCACUGUAUCACUAUAUGUACGUCUGUGAUGAGGUCCGGGACUUGGUGGCAGCGGCCGAAGGCGAAGCCCCCGGUGAUCACAACCAGGGCGGGCCGGCGCUGCAGACGCGCCUCGAAGCACUACGUCCGCGUCUUGCUGCGGCCUGCAGUGCACUGGAAAAAUUGCCUCCUCGCACGGGCCGGCAGGCGGCCGCUCGCAGCGAGAUGGGAGCGCGGCUGGUGCAGCUGGCGCUGGCUGGUGGGCCGUCACCGGGACACCUGGCGGCGCUGCUGCGGAGCCUGCAGCUGCCGCCCGACUGCACCGCACGAGCACACCACAAGGUGACCACCGACCUAGCGGAGCAGGCGUCUGAACUGUGCGUCGACUGUCUGCGUGCGCCGUUGCACUUACAGCGAGUCUGA